CCGUCCCGGCUUUGUCGCGCUCGGGGGCGGGGAAGCGCCGGGAAGCGCAGGGGAGCGGAGGGAAGCGGGGAAGGCUCCGCUCCUCCUCCGCGGCCCCGGCCCCGCUCAUGGCGACGCUGGGCACAUCCGGGCCUCUCCUCAUCCUCCUCCUCCUCCUCCUCCGGCGGCCGCCGCUGCCCUGAGCGCCCGGCCCGGCUCCAUUCGCGCCUCCCCCGAGCCCUUGGCGGAGCAGCGGCGGGGGAGCCCCGGCCGGGGCCAUGUCCAACCCGGGGGCCCGGCGGAACGGGCCCGUCAAGCUGCGGCUGACAGUACUGUGUGCAAAAAACCUGGUGAAAAAGGAUUUUUUCCGACUCCCCGAUCCCUUUGCCAAGGUUGUGGUGGACGGCUCUGGCCAAUGCCAUUCUACAGAUACUGUGAAGAAUACACUUGAUCCCAAGUGGAAUCAGCAUUAUGACCUGUACAUUGGGAAGUCGGAUUCAAUAACAAUCAGUGUGUGGAAUCACAAGAAAAUCCAUAAAAAGCAGGGAGCUGGUUUUCUGGGCUGUGUGAGGCUUCUCUCAAACGCCAUCAACCGCCUCAAAGAUACUGGUUAUCAGAGGUUGGAUCUGUGCAAGCUUGGGCCAAAUGACAACGAUACUGUCAGAGGACAGAUAGUAGUGAGUCUCCAGUCCAGGGACCGGAUAGGCACUGGGGGACAAGUCGUGGAUUGCAGUCGGUUGUUCGACAACGAUUUGCCAGAUGGGUGGGAGGAGCGCAGAACUGCCUCUGGAAGGAUCCAGUACUUAAAUCACAUCACGCGGACGACGCAGUGGGAGCGACCGACACGGCCGGCAUCCGAGUACUCCAGCCCGGGCAGGCCACUGAGCUGCUUUGUGGACGAGAACACUCCGAUCACGGGCACCAACGGCGCGAGCUGCGGGCAGGCGUCAGACCCCCGGCUGGCAGAGAGGAGAGUCCGCUCCCAGAGGCACAGGAACUACAUGAGCAGGACACACUUGCACACUCCUCCUGAUCUACCUGAAGGAUAUGAACAAAGGACGACUCAGCAAGGCCAGGUUUAUUUUCUGCAUACUCAGACUGGUGUCAGCACGUGGCACGAUCCAAGAGUACCCAGGGAUCUUAGCAACAUCAAUUGUGAGGAGCUUGGGCCGCUGCCUCCUGGAUGGGAGAUCCGAAACACGGCCACGGGCAGGGUUUAUUUUGUUGACCAUAACAACAGGACGACGCAGUUCACAGACCCGCGGCUCUCCGCGAACCUGCACUUGGUCCUAAACCGGCAGAACCAGCUGAAGGACCAGCAGCACCAGCAGCAGCAGCAGGUGGUGUCGCUGUGCCAGCUCCCGGACGAGGCCGAGUGCCUGACGGUGCCGCGCUACAAGCGGGACCUGGUGCAGAAGCUGAAGAUCCUGAGGCAGGAGCUGUCCCAGCAGCAGCCCCAGGCCGGCCACUGUCGCAUCGAGGUCUCCAGGGAGGAGAUUUUUGAGGAAUCCUACAGGCAAGUCAUGAAGAUGAGGCCCAAAGACCUGUGGAAACGAUUAAUGAUCAAAUUCCGUGGGGAGGAAGGCCUUGAUUAUGGAGGAGUUGCCAGGGAGUGGCUCUACCUGUUGUCCCAUGAGAUGCUGAAUCCAUAUUACGGGCUCUUCCAGUAUUCCCGAGAUGACAUUUACACCCUGCAGAUCAACCCCGACUCCGCCGUCAACCCGGAGCACCUGUCCUAUUUCCACUUCGUGGGCCGGAUCAUGGGCAUGGCCGUGUUCCACGGGCACUACAUCGACGGCGGCUUCACGUUGCCUUUCUACAAGCAGUUGCUUGGGAAGCCAAUUACUUUGGAUGACAUGGAAUUGGUCGACCCUGAUCUUCACAACAGCUUAGUCUGGAUACUUGAGAACGACAUCACGGGCGUGCUGGACCACACGUUCUGCGUGGAGCACAACGCGUACGGGGAGAUCAUCCAGCACGAGCUCAAACCCAACGGGAAGAGCAUCCCCGUCACAGAGGAGAACAAAAAGGAAUAUGUCAGACUUUACGUGAACUGGCGGUUUUUACGAGGAAUUGAGGCGCAGUUCCUGGCGCUGCAGAAGGGAUUUAAUGAAGUAAUCCCCCAACAUCUGCUGAAGACAUUUGAUGAGAAGGAGUUGGAGCUCAUCAUCUGUGGACUGGGAAAAAUCGACGUGAACGACUGGAAGGCGAACACCAGGUUAAAACACUGCACCCCCGACAGCAACAUCGUCAAAUGGUUCUGGAAAGCCGUGGAGCUCUUUGACGAGGAGAGGAGGGCGCGGCUGCUGCAGUUCGUGACCGGCUCCUCCCGAGUGCCCCUGCAGGGCUUCAAGGCACUGCAAGGUGCUGCAGGCCCCCGGCUCUUCACCAUCCACCAGAUCGACGCCAGCACCAAUAAUUUACCGAAAGCUCAUACCUGCUUCAACAGGAUCGACAUUCCCCCGUACGAGAGCUACGAGAAGCUCUACGAGAAGCUGCUGACGGCCAUCGAGGAGACGUGCGGCUUCGCCGUGGAGUGACCCCGCCCAGCCUCUCCCACCUCUAUUUAUACUCCUGUCAGCCACCAAGCCCUUCCUUCCCUCAGCCAAGACUCAAGAGAUGCUUGAAAUACAGGAAACUUUCCCUUUUCUACAUUAGGACACUGGGAGGGAAAGGACAACUUUGGAUUUUUUUUUUUUUUUCAAAGAUUUUUUUUUUUUUUUUUAAUUUUUUUAUUUCAAGAAAAUGGGUUCUGUGGUUCCUGCCACAGGAUCAUUCAGCUGCUAUUAAAAACUAAUAUCUUGAACAUACAGAAUGCUGACUUUUCCUACAUUUCAACAGUUAAGCAGUAUUCUAUACUUAAAGACUACUACUAUUUUUGUAAGAGGUAAUCUAUUAUAUUUGCCUACCUGAUUUCUAUUCUCAGAUACCAAGACACAACUUCAGCAGUCGGUACAAGUCACGUUUCAGCCUGUUUUAAAUGUAUGAUACUGAACAAGCAUCUAUUCCUGCUAUUUUUGGAAAAAAAAAAAAGAAAAAAAAAAAAGGAAAAAAAUAUUUUGGAUUAUUCUAACUUUGCAUAAAAUUGGCUGAAAGAAUCAUUAACCUUUUUAAUUCAAGCCACUUACAUGUUAACUGCGUUUUCUUAUAGUGAAACAUUAUAUUCUGCAAUGUAAAUUCAAGGUAAAUGGUGCCACAAGGGGCUUUUUUUAUAUUUUUCAAGCAUGAAUUCCGAACGUUUUGGGGUCCUAUUUAUAUCACUUGCCAGAUUCCUCCAGCAGAAUUUCUAGUGGGAGUGACACAGGCUGUGUUUGUGCAGUCCUGCUGUUAACAUGUGGAAUAACCUUUUUUAAUGAACAGUAGAUGUUUGGAUUUUUUUU